AUGUUUCUAAAACGUGGCCGUGGCUCUGAGCCAAUGUUUCUAAAACGUGGCCGUGGCUCUGAGCCAAUGUUUCUAAAACGUGGCCGUGGCUCUGAGCCAAUGUUUCUAAAACGUGGCCGUGGCUCUGAGCCAAUGUUUCUAAAACGUGGCCGUGGCUCUGAGCCAAUGUUUCUAAAACGUGGCCGUGGCUCUGAGCCAAUGUUUCUAAAACGUGGCCGUGGCUCUGAGCCAAUGUUUCUAAAACGUGGCCGUGGCUCUGAGCCAAUGUUUCUAAAACGUGGCCGUGGCUCUGAGCCAAUGUUUCUAAAACGUGGCCGUGGCUCUGAGCCAAUGUUUCUAAAACGUGGCCGUGGCUCUGAGCACUAA